GAUUCCUGUUAGCAUCCACCCAACAAAACUAGAUGGCCUGCCUUCCUUAAAUUUUGGAUGUGUUUUCCAACAGCCAGAUGGCUCUUUUAAUUCGCUUUUGUACCUGUAUGCUCCUCCUCUUGGUGUCAGUACUUCAAGCUCAGGGUCAACAUGAAGACUGUUCUGUGGUGAAUAACAACCCUAGUAUAAAGGAAAACAAUGAUCCUGGAGUUGUGGUUACCAACAUUACAACAGCUGCUGGUAUUACAGUGACAAUUGACCCAACAAUGGACUACAAAUGGUUUGAGAUAAAUGGCUCACAACUUAUCCUGAAAGAUUCAGUGGAUUAUGAGAAUACAACUGUACUUAUUGUGCAACUGAAUUGCUGGAGUGUAGAUAUGGGAACGACCGUAAAUAAUCUGAUUGUUGUGUUGACAAUUGAAAAUGUGAAUGAUAACGUUCCUGUCUUUAAGGAAACAAACAUUACUGUCCAUAUUAGUGAGGAUACAAAAGUGAACACAGUUGUCGUGCCCCAAGCUAAUGUUACUGCCACUGAUGCUGAUGGAGACAUCAUAUUUUAUAAUCUUACUGGAAAUACUACGGAACUGGAAUAUUUCAAUAUACAAGGAAUUAAUAACCCACAAAUUGUCUUGUACAAAGCGCUGGAUUAUGAAACAAUUAAUUUCAUGGAGUUUAUCUUAUAUGCCAUGGAUGGGAAUAGUAGUGCAACGGCUUUACACACAGCCACUGCAGAAAUAACUAUACACAUCCUACAAGCUGAUCGCAGGCCUCCUUGGUUUCAGCCGUGCACUCUCACCGUUGGCCACAUAGUGUGUAUCAACCAGGGCUACACUGGCAAGGUCAACAUCUCGGAGAGAAUGACUGAACCUGUGAUCUUGAAGCCAGGACCUCUCUAUGCUAUUGAUGGAGACAGAGAUCUGAAUGCAACAAUAGUCUACGAUAUUGUUGAUGGAAAUGAAAACAAUACGUUCUUCAUCAGCAAAUAUACCGGAAACAUAACAAUGAAUAAGACUGUUGACAUUCUGAAGACAUUCACAUUGUAUGUUGUGGCAUCCCAAGAAAACAAUCCAUUUAGAUAUUCUCAAACUACAGUGGAAAUUGAGGUUGUGCGUAGAAAUUAUCAUAAACCCUACUUCAACACUAGUUACUCGGGGACAAUAUCUGUGCAGUCACCUGUUUCCAGUAUAGUCAUGGAAGCUGGCAAUCCUUCAGUACCCAUCAUGAUCUUUGCAGUUGAUGAAGACUUCCCACCUCAUGGGUUCAAUCCUGACAUCCAAUACAAAAUACAAAACAGCUCUGCUUUCAGAGUCACCUCAGAUGGAUUUCUCCUGACCACUGAAGUUCUGAAGGUAGCUUCCACUGUCAUGCUUUGGGCUAUUGCUGAAGAUAAAGUGACUCUGGAAGAGGCAAGCACAGUGAUCAUGGUUGAUGUCACACCUUUGGCAGCUGCUACCACUCCAGCUACCACAACAUCAACCACCACCACUGCCACCAUCACCUCCUCCAUCUCCUCCACUACUGCCUUCUCUGCCAACAAAGGGACAGGGACAACUACUUCAAGGCCUUCAAGUUCAUCCUCCAGUUUACCACCUGGGAUAAACAGUACGCUGCCUAUAGCUUCUUCUGGGUCUACAAAGUCCACAACACCUCUUACAGUUACAACCAAAACUGCAGACAUUAUGGGAACUACAGGGAAGCCUUUGACAGUUACAUCUGGCUCAGUUAUCUCUCCAUUUAUAACUACUAUGAAACUUCCCAUCAUCACAGUUAACACAUCACAACCUCAGACAACCACUUCUCCCAUAACAGGUAUAAGCCAACUACCACCAGUUGUGAAGCCAACCACUGGGACUAUUAAGUCUACUGCUCAGCCUUCUCAAUCUGGAACCACCAACUCUUCUUCAACAAUUGUAUCUGGGACAGCAAGUGGAACUGCUCAUUCUACUUCACUGUCUUCUUCUGAAACUCGAACCACCAAAUCUCCCAUACCAACUACAAGUCGUAAUACGAAGUCUACUGCUCAGACAUUUCAGUCUGGAACCACUAGGCCUUCCACAACAGGUUUAUCUACGACACCCAGUAGAACUGUCUCCUUUACUUCACUGUCUUCUUCUGAAACUCGAACCACCAAAUCUCCCAUACCAACUACAAGUCGUAAUACGAAGUCUACUGCUCAGACAUUUCAGUCUGGAACCACUAGGCCUUCCACAACAGGUUUAUCUACGACACCCAGUAGAACUGUCUCCUUUACUUCACUGUCUUCUGCAAUUCAAACCACGAAAUCUCCCACACCGACACCCAGUAGAACUGUCUCCUUUACUUCGCUGUCUUCUUCUGAAAUUCAAACCACGAAAUCUCCCACACCAGAUGAAAAUCCAACUACAAGUCAUAAAACACAGCCUACUGUUGGGACAAAUCAGAAUGAGACAUCUUCCAUAACAGGUGGCACUGUUCCAUAUGAUGAAUAUGUGAGAAACAUGGCUGCUCUGGGUGGAACUUUGGGGAGUUUACUGGUCAUUGCCGUCGUGCUGCUUGGAGUGAUUUCCUACAAGUACUACAAAAUGAAGCAUACACCUGGAGAAGACAACAGCAAAUCUGUGCAAGGCUUUUCCAAUGCCAUGUUUGGACAUGAUGAAAAACUGAACUCAGACAGAAAAGACGACAAGCUGCCUCUGAGUGCUAAGGUGGCGGGUGACAACCCGGGGCCCCCAUCUCUUCCAGAGAACCCAGAAGAAAGCAGCCACACCUCAAGUGCUCCUGAAGCCAUUGCGGAGACUGAAGAAGAGAACGAGGGCCUGGAUAAUGAAAAAGAAGUGAGGUCCAUCCUCACAAAGGAGAGGCGGGUGGCGGAUGAUGGCUACAAGGCAGUCUGGUUUAAAAAAGACAUCGACCCAGAAGCUAAAGAUGAUGUUGUGGUGAUUGAUGAAGACAGUGAGGUAGAACAGAGGAGGAAUGAGAGUGACAGUGACAACGCUGACGACAGGGAUGGUAGUGGUGAUGAUGAUGAUGAUGAUGAAGAUAACGAUAGUGGCAGAGGUGGCAGCGAUGUGUCCGUUGUAAUGGGAAGAGCUCAGCUGCCAGAAACCAUCAACGACGUUCUAGAAGACGGAGAAGCAAGUGACAUUUAUUUCUAAAGUUGGCAAAAAGUGAAACGGCCUUUCCAAGAUACUUUUUAAGAGGGAUGUGUUUUUAACAUAACUUCUUGAUUAGGUUUCUACAGCUGUUUGCCGAACUGUGCUAUUCUGGCCAAAGGGAUGGGUAGAAUUCAUCAAGAAGGAAAAUGUACAGCUUCGUGCUCUGGGCACAAAUCAUGCCCUCCCCGGGAAGAAAACUGACAGAAAACAGGCUUUAAGACGUCCUUAUAAUCAGUACACUUAUCAUUGUAGUGUAGUUUGUUCAGAACCAAUGCAAUGGUGGGUGGGGAGAGGCAUUCAAGUGCCUCAAGGAGAAAUUUAACAGAUACAUCUUUCACACAUAGCAAGAAGUGACUCACAGGAGAAAUAUUUUUAUCACAGACAUUGUAAGCAAUAAUGGCUGGGUGGUGACUAUUUUUCUGUGCUGCUUCUGUUAGUUUUGGACCAACAGAGAUCAGAUUUUUCCAUCAACAGCAGAACUCAUCAGCUGGAAGUAUUGUCUUAGAGUAAAUUAGUUUUGGUAGACGCUGUUCAAGGAGUAAAGCUAGGAUGCUGUUUACAAGUGUGUUAAACAAGGAGAAAGAGAGAAACAAGCUAUACAUCAGAUAUAUCCCAUAAUUACAGCUGAAAUCACUUAAACCUGUAUCCAAAAGAAAUGAUUGAGGCAGUCUUUCAUGUCUCAGAAGUCAGAUUUACAAAUGAAGAACAUCCUUAUGAUCUGUAGAUUAGUUAUAAAGCAAGCAAACUCAUUUACACCUUAUGAGACAUGAUAAAACUUUCUGAUAUCCCAGGCACACACAAUCUGCUCUUAAACAAUGCCUUCUAGUGACAAACUAUUUGUAUCAAAUAAAUAGGCCCAAAGUAAGUCAACUGGUUUCUUCACCAGUGUUUAAUCAUAUGAGAACAUCACCAUUAUGGUCCGGUGGAUAAACUUGGAGCUGAGAGUAAAGGGUUCCUUCCAGUUCAGCUAUGGCUGUACCCAAUGGCCUUGAAUCUGUUUAAUUCCCUCAACCACAAACUGCCCAUCUGUAAAAGUGGAUUAAUUAUGAUAUCUCAUAGUAGACAGCUAAAAACUAUGAGAGUAUACAUAUCAAAAAGGCUUUGCAUCUACUGUAAAUCAUAUGUAAUUUUUUUUUGGGGGGGGAUGCACCAAAACAUUUUAUAUGCCUUUGUAUGAAGUUGGCAACUCAAUCUGAUAUGUGUGUGUUCACAAGUAAAGCCCAAUUUAUGGCAUGUAUUCCCAAAUAAAUGAAUGCAAGAUUACAGCCUAAAUGUGUGAUUAAGUGUUAAAAAAUAGUUGACCAUAGAUAGAAUCUUAUUGGAUAGUUAAACACUCAAGCAAGCGAGAUAGUGGAAGUUG